GUGAAGACAGUAGGGGCUGGAGAGGAAGGAGAAAGCUGCUCCCCUCUUGCAGGAAGACACUCUGAAUAUCAUCGUCAUCAUGCCGGCCUCUUGGAUGCAUCUGUGCUUUGGCAUCCUCCUGCUCCUCUGCAGACACAUCAAUGCAAAGACUGGGUGGCACACACACACUCCAGUGGAGCCUGUCGGUCAGCCCCCAGAAAAUGCGCGGAGUGUCGUUUUAAAAGGUAAAAGUCACACCGAUCAAGUGGAAGUGUUGCACCCCAUUAACUUGACGCUCCAAUGUACCUGGACCGGAAACCCCAACAAAUUAGACAACAUAACGGGAUACUGGAGCAAAGAUGGGCAGGUUAUUGACAACAGUCACACAACAUUGCGGCUGGAGAACCAACAGUACAAUCUCCAAAGAAUGUUCGACAUUAAAGAUGAAGAACGCCUUGGAAGAUACUCGUGCAUGUUUGGAUAUUAUGCAAAGAUUGAUUUUGUUUUGGCAGUGCCACAGAUCAGUGACGUGCGAGACAAACCCAUCGUCAGCUACGUGGGGGAUUCUGUGGUGAUUAUGUGCAAGAUGGACGAUGCCAAGCCAAAGCCUAAAACCUGGUUCUGGUUUAAAGACAACGGCACUGAAAAGGUGGCAGAGACUCCAAAGUACGACAUCAAAAACGACGGCAGGGUGACCAAGCUGCUGGUGCACAAUCUGACCCACGCAGACUCGGGUUUGUUUCACUGCAGCGCCGUCUAUGCCAUCGGCACAGCCGUGAGCCACGUGCAGCUGAAGGUGAUCACCAUUUAUGAGCCGCUGAAGCCCUUCGUGGCCAUCGUGGUGGAGGUGCUCGUCCUGGUCGCCGCCAUUCUGCUGUUUGAGAGGAGUCAGGCCAAGAAGCGCAAGGCAGCAGCCUCAGGGAACGACACAGCCGACGGUGAGCAUGGCACUGCCGCCACCGCCACCACGCCGCAGGGAGAAGCCAAUGGAGUGGAGGAGACGUCCUCCGCCAGACAACGCAAAGUGUGAAAGCACAGGCAGGUUGUGGAACAAAACACACAAAGCAAUAGUUUAUCCAACCAUUUUGUCAAUAUAAUCUAUUAGCACUGAAAGACAAACGGCAAUAACCAUGUUGCGUCUUAAUGGGUUGACUUUAGAGUGAACCUUGCGUCUUCCCACUUCCUGUUGAGGUGCUACAAAUGCGACACGCUUUGUGCACAUCAUUACGACAUCGCACUUGUUUGCUGAUUUUUGGCUGCUAAACAAUGCCAGUCAAAGGUUUUGCUGUUAUAUCAGUAACGCACAAAGUUGUUAACACUGCCUUACUAUCUUAAAGAAACACAGUAGAUGAUUUGUGCAGUAUUAGCUAUUGGUUGUUGGAUGUCAUGAGAUAGUAGAUGAUUUGUGCAGUAUUAGCUAUUAGUUGUUGGAUGUCAUGUGGACUAAAAAGGUGUCUAUAUAAUCAUUUAUGCACUACUGUAAUUUCAUAUGUGCACGUCUUCCUUCAUGCCAUAUUUAAUAUGUCGUCGAGCUGGUGAAAACACGUGCAAGUUAUUUUCUUUCACAUUAUUCAAGAUUCAAGAGAGUUUUAUUGUCAUGUGCAUAGUAAAACAGCAGUUAUACCAUGCAAUGGUAUUGCAAUGGCAUGCAAUUAAAAAACAACAACAUAAAAACACCUUGGUAAUGUUUACUUGAGAAAGUGAGGAGACAAUGGGCAGGGAGAGUCGGACAGUAACUCCAAAAAAAUAUGAAACUUGAGAAUUUAGACAUUGAUUCACUGCCACGUAAAUAUUUGGAAUCUGCUGAAUAGACGAAACGGUGCCACCUGCUGGAUAUAAUAGAGUACUGCGUCACUUGCAAAAAUAAACUCCGGAAAAAUAUGUAAAAAUUAGCUGAAUUUUCUCAUUCUUAUGUGCACAAAGCAUCUUAAAAAUAUAUAUAUAUAUACAGUGUUCUCUCGUUUGUCACGGGGGAUAGGUUCCCAAAAUAGCCCGCAAUAAGUGAAAUCCGUGAAGUAGCCAACUUUGUUUACAAUGAUUCUAUAUGUUUUAAGGCUGUAAAAUCCCUCACCAUACAUUUUGUACACUUUUCUCAGACAGGCAAUAACAUUUUCUCACAUUUCUCUCUUGCUUAAACACUCAAAGUUCAAAUUUCGUUUGAAUUUUAAUGAUUGACCUACCAGGUUGGACACAAGAAAUUGGCUCACGUGUAUUUCACUACUCUAACCGUGCCGCUUUGUCUUGGCGCUGUUCCACUGUACUGUAGCGUUUUUGUAUUGUUGUUAAAACAUAUUGCUCCUGUCGUCGUAUUGUCCUCCUCGUCCUCCAUGAACCAAAGAUUCAUUUCUUCAUACAAUGGCGCCCUACUGCCGCAAUGUCUACCAGCAUGUCCACAAGUCCAACUUUUGGUGCAACAAGAAAAUGGCAAACAUACAAAGACUGCAGGCUGUUGGCGAGCAUGACACAACAGGAGACAUGGCAGGGGGUCGCAAAGGAGAUUGGCUAUAGACCGUUGUCAAUCAGGAUGCGGAAGACAAUGGUGAACCGGUAUGGAACACUCCAUAUGUGUGAUAAAAUAAUAAAAUGCAUAUACUUUUUGUAUUGUCAUCAUU